AUGUGGCUCCUCUGCGGCCGCUUCGGCGAGGACGUGCGCGACGAGCACGCAAAGCUCCUCAAGUACGGCCAGAACUACCUCAUCGGUAGAAAGAUCCCCGCAGACAUCCUCGUCGACAGCAAGUUUGUCUCGCGCACCGCCUGCCGCAUCGCCGUCGACACCCUCUCCCCGCACCACCUCACCGACAUCGACGCACGCCCACAAGUCACCCUCACCUUCGAACCAAACAAGAGCAGGCCAUCCUUUGUAGUACGCACGCCCGACGACAACGACCCAGACACCACACACGACAUCGCCUUCCCCCCAAACCAGCCAAUCACCCUCCACCACGGCUGCUCCUUUCCCCUCACAACCACAAUCUCCCUCACUCUCGUAUGGAAACCCUACGCCAUAUGCUUCUCGGGAAAGCACAUCAAGGCCACCACCCUCGAGCCCCUCGCCCCCAUCGCCGCAUCGCUCGGCAUCCACCUCUCGCCACCCAAGUCAAAAUGGCGCAAAGGCUACACCCACCUCUGCCUCUCCCAGGUCAAACCCACAGAAACGGUCCUCAGCGCUCUCGUACAGGCAAAGCCCAUAGUCACCCUCGCCUUCCUCGAGCAGCUGAUCGAGCUCGGUCAGCUGCCCAGGCACCACGAACACUCCCUCGAGACCGUCUUCCACGAGCCAAAACCCCUCGACCGCUUCCUCCCAACCGCAGACGCCGCAGAUUUCCUCGGACAGCCCGACGUCGAGCAGCAGCUCCUCCCCUCGGACGUACGCCCGCUCAUGUUUAGCGGCACCACCGUCGUCUUUUUCGCGCUGCCCGCCGACGACAACGAGCUGGCCAUCUACCGCAACAUCCUCGCCCUCGGAGGCGCCCACGUCAUCGUCCACAACCCGCUCACCGACUCCCUCGCCACAAAGGCCGACUUUGUCCGCCUCCUCAUGCCCUACCGCAACCGCGCCAUCUCGUACCGCCGCAAUAGCGGCACCGUCGGCACCCGCGAGGCCCCCGACGACGGCCUCGUCGUCCUCGUCAACGGCAGCCACGAGGGCGAGCCCUGGCACCGCGCCUGCGCCGCCGCCUGCGCCAACCUCGGCGUACCCAUGCCCUCGGGCUUCCACGCCGUUACCAGCGCCGUCAUCUUGGCCGACGCCCGCUCCACGCUCAACAUCAUGCCCUCGGCGGCCGACGUCAGCGCAGACGACGUCGACAGUGACGGGCACGGCCAAGACCAAGCCCGGGACAAGGCCGGCCAAGCCGACGGUGUGCGUGGCCCCUCGGUCGAGAGACCGCAGCAGCAGAAGCAGCAGCAGGUGCUACCGACACCCAGCGCCACCGCAGAUGGCGACGUCACCCGCGUCGAACCUCCACCGACCGGCGCCGGCCACGUCGACAUCGCAGACGCUCUUGCUGCGCCAACGCCAUCUGUGCCCGUCACCGCCGCCUCUGCAGCAGGCGAUGCUGCUCCGCCGCCCUCGAGCAUCGCUGCAGCGCCGACGAGCGAGCUCGCACCCACGCCCUCGGUCCAGACCGACGACGCACCAGCGACUGCCCGCAGACCUCUGCGCCGGAGGGCCCAACGCGGCAACAUCCUUGACGAGCUGUAUGGCGAAGGGGCCGGCGCCAAUGCAGAGGCAGCGACCUCCGCUGUCAACACCGGCGAACAGGAUCGCAGCGCCAGCAUCGAUCUCGUCACCGACGCGCCUGAGCCGACGGGGUCGCUCGUCGCACCUGCGGCGCCAGAGGCAGCGGAUCCCACCCCUCCGGUCCCGCCCACCCCCUCGCGUCGUCUCGGCAGCCGCCUGACGAGGCGUACCGGCACUGAGGGCGCCAAGAGCCGGCGCUCCGAAAUCUUUGAUGACCUGCUGCAGGGCGCCGGCGGGUCUGCAGGGGCGCACGACGACGCGGCAGCGCGAGGAAGCGCAUCGCUGUCGCCGGGCGGCAUCCCAAGGAGCAAAAAGUACAGGAUGGAGCUGGACGAGGAGGACCGGCGCGAGUCGCAGUCGAUCGACGACGCGCAGAGGGCGACGCAGGAAGCCUCGGUGGCGAUGGACGAGGAUGGCUUCGAUGACGAGGGCGGCGUCGGCACUUUGCAGUCGGCUCAGGGCGGUGGACGCACCACGAGGAGGGCUGGCGGGCGUUCCAGGCUCGGGACGGUGCACGAAAACGACGUGGCGGAAAGCAUGGAGGUCGACGGCCAUGACAGCAUGUCGAGGACCACGAGCCAAGGCGCCAGGAAACGCCCAGCGGCCGGCCAGGACGUCGACCUUGUCGAUGAUGCAGCGGCUGCAGCAGCUCGCAAGCGGCAGCGUUCGGUCAGCGUCGUAGAAGCGGCAUCUCGCGAGGCAGCCAGCGGCACGGGCGCGCCUCCAACCGCCGCGCACGCCACGGCUGCCAACCAGGUUAUCCGCCGCUCGCCCGACGCCGCCAACGGCAGGAACGGCGUGGCCAAGGGCGGCCAGCCCGACACCGAGCCCGAGUUCCUGCAGGCGCUCAACACGCAGAAGUCGCGGCGCAAGAAGAUGGACGAGUUUGACGACGAGUUCAACCAGCUCAAAAUCACCAAGCCCACGACCUCGCGUGGCAGGAAUGCCGCUCAGCCGGCGGCCCAGCGGCAGGCCGACAAGUUCCAGGUCGACGAGGACUUUGAGGCGUUCAAGAAGCUGGCCGAGGAGGAGCUGCGCAUCGACGUGCGCGGCAACUUUGUCCAGGUCGACUUUGUGCCGCUGGCGGUCCGGAGGGUCCGCGAUGACGGCGGCAGCGGCGAGGGCAGCCCGCGUCCGGAGUGGCAGGGCGUGCCCAACUUUAAAAAGUUCAAGCCCAAGUCGCAGCAGCAGCGAGCGCCGCAGGGUGGCCGGCCGCCGAUCCCGAGGAGCCGGCAGCCGGUGGCGAUGCAGCUGACCGAGGCGCACGACUACGGCAUCGGCGACGCCUACUGGCGCAAGAAGGGCUCGGGCGGCACCGAGGCGCAGGCGGCGGCGGCGGCGGCGGCCAACCGGAUCACAGUCGACGGCGAGGAGAUGGACCUGAUCGCACAGCCGCCGACGGGCGGUCGUGUGCGAGGCACCAACAUCAAUCUGGUGCUGUCCGACGACUCAGAUGCCGAGAUGGCGCCCAGCAGAGCGGCUGGACGGCGCAAGGUCUCGGCGAGCACGGCGAGGCGGCGUGGCGCGGCGGUCGCAGCCGACGACGAAGAGGAGGAGGAUGAUGAAAUCGGGGAGGCCAUGUCCGACUCUGGACCGGUGCGGGCCAACCUGGACCUGACUGGCCUCGAUAGCGACGACGAGGGCGACAUGUCCAUUCUCGCUCCGGCGACCUCGAGGGCCGCAGCCCGUACCCGACGGGGCGGGGCCACACGGACGACGACGACGGCAAAGACGCGAGCCAGACCGGCCACUGUGACUGCGGCAGCGACGGCGGGGGCAUCGUCGGGACGCUCUUUGGCGACGAUGCAGGGAACCUCGAGGGAGAGCAGCGAGACGAUCAAGGGCGGAGGGCGAGCAGGCGGGGUCAAGCGCCGAGCCGCGACGACGAGGUCGGACGAAGAGGCGAUGGAAGAACAAGACGAAGAAGACAGCCAAGCGCCGGUAGGCGGCGCAUCGCCACGCAAAAAGAGGGCGAGGGCCAAGGCGGCGGCCGUCGAAGACGACGACGACGUGGUCGUCGUCGUCGAUGACUCGAGCGAUGACGGAGGCAGCGGCCGAGAUGGAGGCGACGGCAACUUUGCAGGGUUCGGAGCGUCGACGUCGGCGCGCAACCGGCGGGGUGCUGCUGCUGCGGCUGCUGCGGCUACGGCGGCGGCGACGCAGAGGGGCACGCAGAGGAGGGGCGGAGGUCGGAGGCCGGGUCAGAGUGCAUUCUGA